ACAAUUAAAUCUUCAUCCUGGAGGGUGGCUCCCUUAUAACCAUAAAUAGUAAAGAACAAGGCAUGGAAACAGUAGCAACAACUGUGGAGUUGACAUAAGACUGCAGAUUUGCGAAACAGAAAUUUUGCAAGAGUGUGGAUCGCAGGCCUAAUCAAAAACACAAACUUAUAUAAUUUGCAAGUUUAUUCACAACGUUACCUUAUCGCAGAAUAGAUUAUAUCACUCAUGUAAGCUACUUAAAAUCGAUAUAAUUAUCUCAUCCGUAUGGUACGUUAAAAACGAAAUUAUAUACGUCAAUUUUCAUUUAGCUCUCUAGCGAGCCACAAGUGCGAAAGUUAGUGUUCGUAUAUCUACAAUCAUGCCGCCAAAUAUUAUCGACCCGCCAAUUCAAGCUGAUCCAGAAUUUGCUGCUGCUAAACCAGCAAUUUCACACGCCAUCCCAGAUAAUGUUGUGGAAGAAAAUGAUAAUUUAAAAAUAUUCCAGUCUUCGUUAAGUUUAAUAGCUCACAUACUAAUUGGUGUAGUUACUGGAAUCUCAAUUCUAUUUUCAUUGCGGAAUGGACUUCCUAUAGGUGCCACGCCACUUCAUAUUAUACUUUGUGUCAUUGGGUAUCAACUGCUCAUGGCCCAAGCCAUUAUAAUUCUGUCAUCGGAAAGUGGGUGGUCAUCACGACUCAAACUAGUUCACAAAAGAAGAAUUCAUUGGAUCGUACAAAUCGUUGGAUCUGUUCUUGCUAUUGUUGGGAGUUUCAUUAAAAUCCUAGACAAAAAUAUACACUGGAACACAUACCACGGACAAUUCGCGCUCGUUGCUAUGGUUUUUACGGCCGUCAGUUUGGUAAACGGAUUGACAUCUUUGUACGCAUAUGAACUAAGGAAGUUCCUGCCAAGCAAUCUAUCCAAACUGAGUCACAUUUGUUUCGGAAUAGUCGCCUUUGCUGCUUCUUCCAUUAGCCUAUGCUAUGGUUUCGAUAAAAACUUCUUCAUAAAUUGGGCCACUCUUGAAUUCACUUAUACUAUAAUCGCUUUUACUGCGGCAUUCACAUUUAUCAUCAUAAUCAAUCCUUUCAUAACUUUCUAUCGUAAAUCAAGGAGCAUUAUCACCAGUUAGUUGGAACAUCAAUUAUGGUGUAAACAGCAUUACUUAUCAUGUAUAAGAAAUUCAUAAAUCGGUAAAAGCAAAUAUUAUAUGUAUUCCAGAAAGCAACUAUAAGAUGAUCUGAUAGAGACCUUUUACUUUAUGUUAUUUAUUAAACCAUUACCGUUAAGAACACAUAAUCAGAUUCGUAUUCAUAAUUUUAAUGUAUGAUAGCGAAAUAAUUAAGAGAAAUAAAUUUUUAAAAAUUG